UUCGGAAGAGAGCGGAUAGGACGAGGAAGAGAGAGACCUGAAGAGACAUCUCAGAAGAAACAGCUUGAACUUCCCUAUUCCCAACAAAGCCAGCACCAUGGACACUAAAGGCUCAUUUUCCUGUGGCUUCUUCUUGCUGCUGCUCAUCCAACUCCAGCUUGGAAGAGCCAACCCUAUCUACAGCCUCAGCCCUGCCAAAGAACUGGCCAGCAUGGAGGCUCUGCUGGAGAAACUGGAGGAUAAAUUUGCAAUGAUUGAAGCCCUGGAGUCCAAUCCUGACCUGCAAGAACCCAAAAACCAGGAGGAGGUCCCACCAGAACUCAUGGAUGACAGUGAUGACCAGAAGGCUGAACCCAGGCUAGCACCCAGCACCCCUCUGUCCUACAGGGACCCCUUCCUCAAGAGACUGAGGGGGCUGCAGAUGCCCAGGAUGAUGAGAGAUUCUGGCUGCUUCGGGAGGAGGAUUGAUAGGAUCGGCUCCCUGAGUGGAAUGGGUUGCAAUGGUUCCAGAAAGAAUUAAGACAACCUCCCUAUGCCCUACUCUGAAGAAUGCUUUACAGUACCUGUUCCUCCCCAGACGAAAGCCGGAUGCUUUCUAAACUCUUCAACAGAAAGUGAUUCCUAUUUCUAUUUAUUUAUUUAUUUAUUUAUUUGAUGGUUGGUUUGUUUUUUUUUUAAAGAAUAUUUCUUACUCUAGCACCAAGAGAUCAUCUUUAAAUAAAACUAACACGUUAGACAUCUCUGCUGGACCUCUCUCCUGUCUGUUGCAUUAAAAUGUCUUGUAUUUUCCUAAAGUCAGAAGCCUAUGUUUUAUUGAAAAGGCUGAUCCACAAGGCUGGGUCUUACACUAGACAGAGAAUGUAGGAACAAAAAUGAGGUUUUCACUGGAGUUUUUUCCCUCUGCACUAAGAAAUUGUAACAGAUUAGCAGAUAAAGAAAGCUUGCUCAACAUUGAAACACCAACAUGAGUCCUCCUAUAGACAGGGGUUUAGUAACAAGAGAGUCCUGUUGCUGGUGUAGGUUAUUCAGUCAAGGGAAAUGCCACAAAUCCCACAUGGAAGCAAAAUUGACAUGAAAAGAAAUCAGAAAAAUCACAACACUCCACAAGUUUCAAGAUCACCAGAGGGAGGAAAGGGAAUUCAUUGUAUAUGCUUUCUAGCACUCACCAAAUAAAGGCUCUGAGCAUCACACAAAGAUACAUCA